AUGGAUAAUUCUUUUAAUUCUUGCAAGCAAGAAUGGUUUGAAAAAUAUGUUGCACAUAUAGCAGAGCGGGAAAAACGAGAAAGAAAUCUGAUUGAUACAAUUGAUUCUUUAGAAAAUGAUUUAAAGAAGCUUGUAGAAGAAUUAAUUAAAGUAAAUCAAGAAAAAGAAGUGAUAAGGCUUCAAUUAGAGAUCAUGGCAAGCGAAAAAGAACUGCAUAUUGAAGAGCAUGCUAUUGAUGCAAAUAAUUGGAAAAAAGAAAGAAAAAGGUUGAUUGAAAGCUUUGAAGAGGAGAAAAAACAAUUAAAAAAGCUAUAUCAUCAAGCACUUCAUGAAGCAGAAAAGUUUAAAAAGCUGUUUGAGGAAGUACAAAUUAAAAAACACACAAAAGAGGAUAAUUUAAAGAAAAAAAUUGAAUUGAAAGCUGGGGAGUAUUCAAAGAUUUUGACUGAAAAAGAAAAAGUUAUUAGAGUAAAUGCAAAUUAGGAUUUACAAAUAAAAGUUCAAGAUGCAGAUAAGCCUAAUUCCACCUUAAUAAAUUAGCCAUAAUAAUAAAUAGAAUCAUUAAAAAAUUGAGAAUAAAUAAAAUGCUAAAGCAGAGGAAUAUAAUAUUAUGGAAAUUAAGUCAAAAGCAUCAAGAUUAAACACUUCAGCAAAGAAAAAAGUCUCAAAAAAGAAGCAUCCAAGCAUGAAAAGGCUAAACUCUUGUGCAGUAUUAGACGCCCUAAUUUCCCCAAGAUCAGGCGCCAAAGGUGAUUCCUUCGAAGACAUAAGUGGGAUUAUUAUUAAUCUAGGAAAAGAGCAAGAGGUUUUAAAAGAAAAAGUAAGAAAUCUUGAAGAAUCUGCUAAUUCCCGAUACUUGGAUUUGAAUAUUUCAAAGCAUGAUGACCGAUCUAGAGAAAUUGGAAGAUAUCUAGACUCAAACAGCCAGAAAAUAAAAAUAGAAGAUUUAUAG